CCCCGCGGCCGCUACGCUGCUUGCGAAUGGUACUACCACAUACCACUGAAACAACCAGAGAAAUUGGUGAACUCGGAAAUCCCACUUCCGCCAACAUCUCAGAUUCCAGGUCUGAGUGACCUUGCAGAACCUUACAACGAGAAGAUGUUUGGGGGCCGCAGGAAGUGGAUCAAAGAUACUGAUUCAGAAUAUGUAAAGCUGGCAAAGCAAGGAGGCCAACCUGACUUACUGAAGCACUACACUCCUGUUACAAGGAAGUCAUCUCCAGUAGCAUAUGCUGCACCUGACUGGUAUUCACAUCGCUCUAAUCCCCCAACAACCAAUGAGCCACAGAGCUAUGUUUCCACUAUACCAAAUUAUAUGAUUCAUGAAGAGUUUAAGGCUGAUGAUCAUCGUAGUAAUAACUAUGAGGCGAGAAGAGCGCCAUUUGAUUUUGAUAUGAAAAGUGUUUGGCAACGGGAUGCUGAGGACAAAGAGAACGCAGAGAAAAAAAAGGUAAAGCUUCCGGCUAUAAACCCUAAGUAUCCCAGCAAAAUGCAGAAUGUUUCUACAAACAAGGAAUUCAGUGGGAAAAAUAAGCUUACCUUUCCACCUAUGCCUGCUCAGAGAAAUGGUGAAGCAGUAAACUUCAGCAAAUUAAUUAGCAAUGGUUAUGGGGCUGACUGGAUUCAGCAGCGCACUGAAUGGGAAAAAAAUGUUCAACAAGCAUCAGAAAAUAGUGAGGAAUCCAAAGAUUCAGAGCCGUCACAGCCUGACACAGUACCUGCAAGCAACAAGUGAAAGCCACCAUUUCAGCAAUAGUGCACUCUCAAUACAUUCUACACCUUGGAAUCCAGAGCUGAAGAUUUUAGUGCAUUACUGAAUCUACAUCUCCACGAACAGAAUGUUUAGAGAGUUUGGUUCACUUUUUAUUAAAAAUUUGCUAUGAAAAUUGAUUGGAAAUGUAAACCUAUCACUAAUCCUAAGCCCCCAAAAUUUCAGUGAAAGCUGGUGGGAUUUUUUCUGUUGAUUUCAGUAGAGCCAGCAUCUGAGUCUGUCUCUGUUGUUCGCUUUAACUAACAAUUCCGGCAUCUAAGUUGCAUCUACAAAAAUAAAGAAGUAAAACAUAUGACAAUGGGUAAAUGUGUACUUAUUGAUCAUUCAGUACAUUUUUCCAAAUAUGAAGACAUUUGAUUUGUAUCAAGCUGUAUCUGAGGAAAAAAUACAAAGAAAUAUUAGCUUAAAUCAGUUUCCACUUAAAAUUUGUUUUGUGAAUUAUGUUCAGAUGCAUUGAAACCUUUAAUUUUAGUGUGAAUGCAGAGCUUUUGAUGAAAUACAAUUUUCCAGGUUAGAGUACCAAGGGAUGCCAAAGCUGGGACAUAUAGUAUUAAAACCUAAUCAGUAGAAAAACUGUCGCUAUGGAAAGGCACUAAAUAAUAAGUUUGUGUGAAGAAAUUGUGUAUGUAUAACAGGCAAAUUGUUGAUAUUCUCAGGAUUUCAACUGUAAAAUUUUAAACUUAAUGCAGUGAUCAUCUACAGUGUUUUCAGGAAAAAUAAGUACCAUUUUAUGAAUUCUUCAGAAUCAUCCAGUCAUAUGAACCUCUCUCUGGGAAUUCAACCAUGUUUUUGAUACAAUCUUUGGAUAAGAUUAUAAUAUUUAUUAUUAAUGUCUGUAAAGAGUCUAGUAGAGGGCAGGACUUGUUGUUCUGCCCAGCAAUGGUAAACUGCAACAUUAAAAUGAGUACUGUUUCUGAGGACCUAUUGGAGCAUACUUAAAUGCCAUAAACUAUAAGCAGUAAUAGUAUUUUUCAGUCCCACCUUGUUCUUCUGACUUAAAAUAUCAUAGGAAAUACUUCUAUGUUAUCAUACUGCUCACUAGUAUGUGUUUUACUGAUCAACAAUGUGAGAGAGAAGGGAAAUAGGAGAUGAUCAUGAAACUCUGGAGUUAAGCUGAUUAAGACAGCCAAGCCUUUUCUAAUUUUCAUCAGUUGAGUAGUAGUUUUUUUGUGUUCUUAGAGGAAUCCAUUUCAACAAUGUUUUGUAUAAAGUUUUCUCUAAGGUGUUCAGUACAAAUUUAUCAAAAAUUUGGAGACGGUAAUGCUAUGAAACAAUAACAGUAUAGUAUAUUUGAAAAAGUAUUUUCAAAUUUAUAGAUAACCUAUUCAUAGCGACUUAAAGGUGCAUGCUGUGGCAAAGUCAUCUGAAUCUAUUCCAUAAAAUUUGAAUUCCUGUGUAGGUGUAAUACUGCAUUACUCCAUAACACUGCUUACCUCCUGGGGAAAAUUCUAAUAAUUCUUUUCUAUAUUAUGGUUUCUUUUUCUCAAGAGAAAGUUAUGUAUGAAGUUCCCUACCACAAUUUUAUUACUUUGAAUCAUUUGAUGUCUAAAUGCUCUUUACUUUCCAACACUUUAUCUCCGUGUUGGAGUUCUUGUCCAAAGCUGUUCAAUUUUUUAGGCAAUUGUUAGAGGAAGGGACAGAAAGAAAACUGAGAGCUUAAUUUAGUCACUCGUUACUGUUACUUCAUUUUACUAUAAUAACGUUCUUAGGGUUUAUUGUAGAGGCUUUCAGAUGUUUUAGGUGUGCACCAGAUCAGAUUUUUAAAAUUGUCUCUUUUUUGCCUCAUUCACUAUUAGGUAAUGCCCACAUGGCAUUCCUCAAAUUUUUCAAAGUUUUUUUGAAGUGCCAUUAAAGUAUAUAUUCAGCUUUUCUUCGUCAAAUGAAGGAGAGGUUUGAUCUGCACUGUCAGCCAACUGAGCCUUCAUGGAUCACAGUUUGAAUACCUUGAGAUAGAACAUUAACAACCUGAAGUGCUGUGUCAGACUUUCAGAUUUGCCAUUAUUAAGAGCACAUGGAGAACCUUGGAAUUUGUGUUUCUGUGCUCAAAAUAAGAGAGCUACAGCAGAAGUGUGUGUUACCAGUUGUGCCAAGUACAUCAAAUCAGAGUAAAGCAGCAAAUCAAAAAAACUCCAAAUGAAUUUAAGGAUUGAAAUGUUUUGCUUAAGUUCACCUUAUCCCAGUAAUUAUAUUCUGUUUUAUUUACUUCUGAGUCAACGGAGUCCUGGAACUGGCAAGAUUUUAAAAGUCAGCAGUUCCAAAGGAAAAGCAUUGGAAGCUGCUAGAUCUAGAAAAAAUUUUUAGUGUUUUUUUUUUUUCAGAGAUACACUGCAGCUAAAAGCUGGGCACUUAGCAAAUCUAGCCCUUUUUGUUUUUAAUGCUGAAAUGUUUAUUUAGUUGUAUUGUGUUCCAUCUGCAAGCCAAAUGGCUUUAAAUAAGACAUGAAAUGUUUUUAUAAUAUAUUUUUAUUUUUUAUACAGUGAUUGCUCUGCAAGCCUGAACAUAAAACCAAAGCACAGUUACAGUUUAUAAAUUACAUCUGGGCUACUUAAUAUGUGAGUAUCUUUAAAACAGAAUUCCAGGUAGAGAUUUAAAAAUAAUUUGGAAGUUUAGUUACCUAAGAAUAAUUUUCCUUUUACAUGUGCUCAUUUAACUGUAGCAAAGUUGAAUGGUUGUUUUCAUUUUAAUUUGACUGAAUAUGUACUUUAUUCUUAUUACUUACGCCUCGUUAAACAAGAGUUAAACGUGUUUUCAAAGAUAAAGGUUAUAUAUACGUCAAUCUGUGUUGUUUACAUUGCUGCACAAAGAAAAUUAAAUUUGUCCAUGCAUUUCUUAAGCACCUAAAAUGUCACUGACUUCAUUGCAUCAAUUUCUAAAAUACGAAUAUCUGCCGUUGAAUGUGUAGAUUUGAGUAGGUGAAGGAUGUAGAUGUAGGCUGAAGCCCUUUUUUUUUUUCUUUCCUGU